AAUAAAUAUAAAUAUAAAUAAUAAUAUAUUAAUUAAUAAAACAAUAUGCUUACCAUAUACUCUACAAUGAGAAAUGUAUAUUGACAUGUUCACUAAAACAAAUAAAAGCUAUAGACAUUUCCCCCAACUUUUUACAUCAAACAAUUAUUUUCUUUAUGUAAUGCAUGCUUUGAGUUUUCUCUUUCUAGUAAAUUAUUUUUUGAAGGCUCUAAAUAUAUUUUUAUUUAUUACAAAACCAUGUCGUUUUAUAUACUCUUUUGCUGUCUUAUGUUAACUCCAUAGCUACAAAAAUAUAUGUUCUUGUGGAAGAGAAAAAAAAUUCUUCUGUUAAAUUCAAGAGAAAAAACAUCAAACAGUGCACUCGGAAAGAAUCGGAAAAGAAGUGGAGAUACCUUCAAAAUAAAACCAUUCCUAAUGUUAUUUGCAUCAUUAUUAUUUUUAUUGAUAGACAAUAUUACUGGUAUGGUGCUGGAUGAUCAAAACACAUGAAUCUGUACACAGAUCAGGUCAGAUUAGAUUUUAUUACCUCUAUUAAUCUGUUUUUGAGAGAUGCUAUCUGCUAUACCAUGACCAGACGUCUAAAAAAAUGUCUGCAUUUGUGUAAGGACAUGAUACGUUUUUCAUUCUAGGAUGGGAGAUUUUAUUUUUUAAACUGUCCACCGGAUAUGCUGUGUCCUCUGUGUCGUGCUUGACCGUGGGUGGUGUGAGUUGCUACGGGGCAGUCUGCAGAGACGGGCUGUGGGUACCAGCACCACCACCUCGGCGCAUCAGCGAGUCUCUGCCCGGAUCCCUCCACCAUGCAUGGAGGCAAGAGGGGUCUGGUGGCUCCGCAAAACACUUUUCUGGAAAACAUCGUCAGGCGCUCGAGCGAAACCAGUUUCCUUUUGGGGAAUGCGCAGAUCCUAGAUUGGCCAGUUGUGUACAGCAACGAUGGAUUCUGCAAGCUGUCUGGUUACCACAGAGCUGAGGUCAUGCACAAGAGCAGCACAUGCAACUUCAUGUACGGUGACCUGACUGACAAAAAGACAAUAGACAAAAUAAGGCAAACAUUUGACAACCAAGAGUCCAAUUUCCACGAGGUGCUUCUAUACACAAAAAACAGAAAACCAAUAUGGCUUUACAUGCAGAUCGCACCGAUCAGCAAUGAAAAUGACAAGGUGGUGCUUUUCCUCUGCACCUUCAGAGACAUUACACUUUUUAAACAGCCAAUAGAAGAUGAUUCAGCCAGAGGUUGGACCAAAUUUGCCAGGCUCACAAGGGCAUUGACCAACAAUCGUAACCUGGUGCAGCAGUUAGCGCCUCUGAACAAGCCUGAGGUCAGCCACAAGCCUUCCCGACUGGUUGAGGCUCUCCAGUUGGGUUCAGACAUCCUCCCUCAGUAUAAACAAGAAGCGCCCAAGACGCCUCCUCACAUCAUCCUCCACUACUGCACCUUUAAGACCACAUGGGACUGGGUCAUCCUCAUCCUCACGUUCUACACGGCCAUCAUGGUUCCCUACAACGUUUCCUUCAGGACCAAGCACAACAACCUGGCCUGGCUGGUGGUGGACAGCGUGGUCGACGUCAUCUUCCUGAUCGACAUUGUGCUCAACUUCCACACAACCUUCGUAGGCCCGGCUGGAGAAGUCAUCUCGGACGCAAAGCUGAUCCGGAUGAAUUACCUGAAGACGUGGUUCGUCAUCGACCUGCUGUCUUGCCUGCCCUACGACAUCAUCAAUGCCUUUGAAAAUGUAGAGGAGGACGUCACUCCUCAUGCCUCCCCAGCAAGUCAUCUCCGUGACUUUUCAAAUUUCCACAGAAACACAACUCGCGUGGAAGACUCUGUUCUUCCAGGUCUCAGCAGCCUUUUCAGCUCCCUGAAGGUGAUCCGCCUGCUGCGCUUGGGCCGAGUGGCCCGGAAGCUGGAUCACUACCUGGAGUACGGGGCGGCCGUCCUGGUCCUCCUGGUGUGUGUCUUUGGCCUGGUGGCCCACUGGCUCGCCUGCAUCUGGUACAGCAUCGGGGAUUACGAGGUCAUCGACGAGACCACCAACAGCAUCAAGACGGACAGCUGGCUCUACCAGCUGGCCCUGAGCAUCGGAAAGCCUUACCGGUACAACGCCAGCGGCACGGGUCGUUGGGAAGGCGGGCCCGGCAAAGACACCCUGUAUGUUUCCUCUCUCUAUUUCACCAUGACGAGUCUCACCACCAUUGGAUUUGGCAAUAUUGCGCCAACAACAGAUGGAGAGAAGAUUUUCUCCGUGGCUAUGAUGAUGGUGGGCUCGCUGCUCUAUGCCACCAUCUUUGGAAACGUGACCACCAUCUUCCAGCAGAUGUACACCAACACAAACCGAUACCAUGAGAUGCUCAACAAUGUGCGCGACUUCCUCAAGCUUUAUCAGGUUCCCAAAGGUCUGAGCGAGCGGGUCAUGGACUUCAUCGUCUCCACCUGGGCCAUGUCUAAAGGCAUCGACACAGACAAGGUUCUCUCCAUCUGUCCUAAAGACAUGCGUGCCGACAUCUGUGUGCACCUCAACAGGCAGGUGUUCAACGACCAUCCGGCGUUUCGUCUGGCGAGCGACGGCUGCUUACGCUCCCUGGCCGUGGAGUUUCAGACGACGCACUGCGCGCCGGGAGACCUCAUCUUCCACAUCGGAGAAAGCGUCGACACGCUCUGCUUUGUCGUCUCCGGCUCCCUUGAAGUCAUCCAGGACGAUGAGGUCAUCGCAAUACUCGGAAAAGGGGAUGUGUUCGGAGACGUCUUCUGGAAGGAGACCACGCCGGCCAGGGCCUGUGCCAACGUGCGAGCGCUGACCUACUGCGACCUGCACGUCAUCAGGAGAGAAGCUCUGAUGAGGGUGUUGGACUUUUACACCGCAUUUGCCAACUCCUUCUCCCGCAAUCUCAUCUUGACCUGCAACCUACGGAAACGGGUAAUCUUCAGGAAGAUCGCUGACGUGAAAAGAGAGCAGGAGCGGCAGAGGAGUGAGGUGGCCCUCUCCAUUCCUGAGGAUCACCCUGUACGCAAGCUGUUCCAGAGGUUCAGGCAGCAAAGAGACUCUCAAGCGCCAGGAGAGACGCACCCUUACUCCGACCAAAACUGCAUCCAGAUGGAGACGCACCACCACCGUCACACUGACUCAAACUCCUGCAAUCAGCAGCAGGAACACGGCACCACGCCACGCUCGGAUGCAGGAAGUGGAAGCAGGAGAGGCAGCACAACUUCUCCUCACCAAGAGUGCAAUGACUCUGGAAAGUCAGAGCAGUUAUGCACCCAAGUAACCAUGGAGUUGAGGCCUAGUCAGAGGAGUUUAAAACCUGCACAGAGUGGUGGGACGGGUGCAGGGGGAGCCAGCAGCAGAGGGGGGCGAGGGUGGGCGAGAUUCAAGAGCGCUGUAUCUGCUGAACCGGCGCUUCCUGCCGUUGAGCAGGAAAAGGACACGCAGAAAGCGGAGGAGUGUCCGAAAGCACCACAGGCCUCAGAGGAGCCUGCAGCUUCCAAAAAGACCCAGGAAUCAGAAAGCGGUGGACAGACGGGGAGCAACACGGCAGGAGACGCAGGAGAGGAAACGAGCAUCCUGCACAAAACCGACUCCUGCGACAGCGGCAUCACAAAGAGUGACCUGCGCAUCGACCGAGCUGGAGACUCCCGGAGCUCCUUUGAGCGGAGCCCAAUGGAAAAGAGCCCACUGGACAGGAGUCCCUUCGAGCACAGCCUGGGGGUUUACACGGAGGUGUCCCUGAGGCACUCCUUCCUCCAGCCGGCGUCUGAACAAUCCCUCCAGACGACGCUGCACGAGGCCAAGCUGGAGCUGAAAGGAGACAUUAGGAAACUGAGCAGCCGACUGUCUCUCCUCGAGUCGCAAGUGAGCGAAGUCCUCAGGUUGCUGUCAUCCAAAAGGAGACUCUCGCUGCCUCCGACUUCUUCGAAGGCGAGGAUAAAAGGUCACGACAUGGUCAUGGCCUCUAGGGUCGUGGCACCGAAAGCAGAAGAGGAAUCUUUGUGACUCAACAUCUGUAUAUUUUUUUUAUCAGCAACCUGCAUAUUUCUGCUGGACUGGAAGGCAUUUUAAACACUAAUAACGUGACCGCAUGCUAAUAUUACUUUAUAUAACCUAUGCAUCAAAUCCCAGGGAUUUUUCUCAGAAUUGUAUGCUCUUUGUGAUGCCAAAAAGGCACAGAAAAAAAUUAUGAACAAAAAGAACAAGUAAAAAUACAGCUGAUUGUUGGAACUUCUUAUGCAUUUUAAAGCACCACAUAAUCUGCUCUGCAGCUUUUAUGCAUGUUACUCCAGAGACGGUGUUUUCUUAAAAGGAUGCUCAACCAUCACUUUAGUUAAAAUGGACAUAAUAAUUAGAAAACAUAAAAAACUCCUUUCUUUUAUAGAAAACAAUGAUUAGUGUUUGAUAUAUGGCGAUGUCACCAUUUCAGUUUAAGAUGCUUAGUUUUGCAAAUGUCUGGUGCUCAGAUUUGCAUGUUUACAAACGCAACCCAAACUGGUACAAAGGACCAUGACCUGGUUAGAGACAAUAACCAAUGGCUGGAAGGAGGAAAUUCCAUCUUAAUUGAUUGUUUACAGUGUUAUUAGAAGGAAUAAUGACUCCAGUGGCAUGAAACAGAGAAAUCCUUUUCUCAUGACUUUAUAUCUGGUUACUUUAUUAACAUAAGACUGUUUGAACUUGGCAUCCCCCCGACCCUUUCAGCGGUCCACUAUUAAAAAAAUACUUUUUUUUUUGUAAAGAAGAAGAGUUAUUUCAUAGUUGCUUUGAACAAGCUGUGAGCAAACCAUGCCAGAGACCGUUUAUAAUCCAGUUUUAUUGAGAUGUCAAAAAAACCAAAGCGUAGCAUGACUUCUUGAACUAUUUACUGUACCAAUGUCAAUGUGCAGAUUUUUGUCGUUCAUCUGCUUGUGUCUCAGAGAAGACUGGAGCAGCUCGGACUCUUUGUUCUCUCCGUAAGAUCGGAUCAUGCUCAACAUUUGCACAUGCACAAUGGAUCAAUCACUUUGUCUAAUGUCUCCCCAGUAUCUCCUCAUCCCUCACUGAAGCUACCACGCCUACGAGUCAGGUAACUGUAUGUGCCUUAUAAAGUAAAGCCUCCCAUCGAGGUGCACUGAUCAAGGUUAAACAAACUGGUUAGGGUUGACCUUUAUUUUGACCCCACACUAGUGUCAUUUAGAAGUUCUGACACAGACUAGUAGAGCGUGGAAAUCUAAAGGGUGGAAAACAUACAGUAUAUUAGAAAUAUUAGUGAUCUACACAUUUAACUACUAAAGUGUUCAACAAACAGAUUUACCCAUGCACAUAGAAAGGAUUGCAGCAUUGUAAUGUAUAAUUUAGGUAUUGAAACAGAACUGUAUUAAAGUCCCUAUUUAUUCUGACAUGCAACCAAACUUGUUCAGGUAUGCUUAUUACAGAUAGGUUAUUUAAAUAAUUGCCAUUUAGUUUUAAGUGACUUCAGAUUAAGUUAGUGUGGGCUGUGAAGUUGUCAGCAUGCUGGCCGAUUUGGUACAUCUGUCCUAUGUUAGAUCUAUUUAGCGACCUUGCAUGCAUCUGAGGGAACCUGUCAGCUGUGAAAUGAAUAAUGAAAACAGAUUCCUGCUCACCAUCUGUUGUUUAGUCUCCUAUGUGACACAUGUUUAUCUCAUGAAAGUUAUAAACAAUUCUGGACUCUGUUUUUGCUAAAGAUGAGCAGCUAAAACUCUCAGCACAGCAAAGUGGGAGUUUUCAGCGGUUUAGGCCAAAGUAUUUUUUUCUUUUUAAUAUAUAUUUUUUAAAACUAUGCAUGUAAAUAUGAAAGGUUGUGAUAUGGCCUAGAAUAUUGUUUGUCAUAGUUUUAUUAUUUAUUUCAAAUUGCAGUUGAAUAAAAAUGUCUUCCUUCAGUAUCUUCUGUGUAAAAGUAUAAUUUUCCCCGUUUUAAAUGUGAAAUAAAAUAUGGUGGUCUGCUUUUUAUUUCACACACCCAGCACAUUUAAGGUUUAUUUUUAUUAUUUAUUACUUUAAUU